AUGUCUAGCAGUCUCACCCUUGCCGAACUUGCCAAACAAUUUAAAGGUAUAGACAAAGGCUUCGAUAUCAAGAAAAUUGUACUUGAAGAUUCAAAUGUCAGAGAUAUAGAAUCAUUGGAGCCCUUUACAUCUUUGGAAUAUAUAUCAUUUCGAUGUAACAAUUUGGAUUCCAUUGAGUUUCUAAUAAACAACUACUACCUAAGACACAUAAACCUAAGUAAUAAUAAAUUGAAUUUAUUGGACGUUAGAAUAACACAGUUAUCCAAAUUAGAGUAUAUCAACCUCGCCAAUAAUAAUUUGGAUGAUAUAAGUCCCCUUAAUGACUGCACAAACUUGAAGGUAAUCGUGGCUAACAAUAACAAAAUUACUAAAUUCCCUAGAAUUUCAAAAUUGGAAUCUCUGGAGAUUCUAAUAUUAUCGGAUAAUCUGAUUGAAAGUGUAGGAUUACCAUCUGCGCAUAAUAAGAAACUCGCCAAGGUAUCUCUUUCCAGGAAUAAAAUACGGGAAUUCCCUUUGACGAAAUUCUGGCCCAGCCUAAAAGAACUCCGCCUAAACGGUAACAAAAUAAUUACACUCCCCUCCAAGGACCAGCUGGAUGUCAUGUCAAGCAUCAGAACCCUGGACCUUGGAAAUAAUUCCAUUUACGAUAAAAGUUAUGCAUUAAAUUUGAAGGCUUUUGUUAAUCUCAGGGAUCUCAACUUGUUAGGCAAUCCUGUCUCGGAUAAGAUAACGAUUGAAGAGCUAGAAUUAGAACGAUUGAUUAUUUAUAACUCUAGAAAAAUUGCAAAGAGGGAUGCUGGAAACAAUGACAGAAAAACUGCUAAGACUCGUAAAAAACAAUAUAGUCUGCAAAAUACCAAAUAG